AAUGUCAUUUUUUUUGUAUCGUUCUUCCUUGGCACCUCGGUCGUGUUUAUGAGUAAUUCUUUGUUGUGAAACUUAAGUACGUAAUUGAAGUGAAAAUCCAUCGAAUUUUUCAAAAGGUGUAAAUUGUCGAAAUAGUAUCUUUGCUAAACAAAAUUAAGUGCAAUGGGGGCCGUCCUGGGGCUAAUAUCAGCAGCAAAUCUUGCAUGUUGCUGCACAGGAACAGCAUGUUCACUCUGUUGUUCUCUGUGUCCUUCCUCGCUCAAAUCCAAUUCAACCGCAACUAGGUUUAUGUACGCCCUGAUGCUGCUCGUGGGUGCCAUCGUUGGUGCCAUAAUGCUUGCACCCGGAUUACAAGAUUUUCUCCAGAAAGUUCCCUUCUGUGCCAAUUCAACAUCCAGCGCUAGUCACAUAAUACCAAAGGGAGAAACAAUCGAUUGCAGUUCAGCGGUUGGCUACUUGGCUGUAUAUCGCAUCUGUUUUGCGUUGUGCUGCUUCUUUGCGCUGUGGGCAGUCUUGAUGGUGGGAGUUCGCUCCUCAAAGGAUUCACGAUCCGCUCUCCAGAAUGGUUUCUGGGGAAUAAAAUUCAUGAUCGUUACCGGAAUUGCCAUCGGAGCAUUCUUCAUUCCAGAGAGUGGAUUCGGUCCAACAUGGAUGUGGGUUGGUCUCAUCGGAGGGUUUGCCUUCAUUUUAGUCCAGCUCAUCUACAUUGUUGAUUUCGCCCACCAAUGGGCUGAAGCAUGGGUUAGCAAUUACGAAGAGGAAGAGUCCCGCGGCUGGUUUGCGGCAUUAUGUUGCGCCACUGGACUACAAUACAUACUCUCACUAACCGGCAUCGCACUACUAUUCGUAUACUUCACCCAACCCGACGAUUGCUCUUUGAACAAAUUCUUCAUUACGUUCAACAUGAUUCUAUGUCUGGGCGUUAGCAUUCUAUCAAUUUGGCCCAAGGUGCAGGAGUACGCGCCGAAGUCCGGUCUACUCCAGAGCUCGAUGGUUACCCUAUAUACGGUCUUCCUGACCUGGUCAGCGGUGGCGAACAAUCCAGACGUCGAAUGUAAUCCCGGAUUCUUGGGCAUCAUCGGAGACAAGCAAAACAAAGUGCAUUUCGAUAAGACGAGCAUAAUUGGACUGGUCAUCUGGAUGUUAUGCAUUCUGUAUUCGACUUUGCGUUCUGCCAACAACGUUUCCCGGCUUCCGGAUCCCGAAAAGCAAGUAUUGGCAGCCACACUUAGCGACGACGGCACCUCGGCAAGCGGUGGCACUGGAAAUGAAAUACGCGACAACGAGGAGGAUGCUGUGGCUUACUCCUGGUCCCUGUUCCACGUGGUCUUCAUCACCGCAACGCUCUAUGUCAUGAUGACGCUCACCAAUUGGUAUCAGCCAAACUCAUCGCUGGAAACACUGAACGCUAAUGCAGCCUCCAUGUGGGUCAAAAUUAUUUCCAGCUGGUUCUGUGUAGGACUGUAUGCAUGGACUCUGGUUGCACCGAUGGUUCUGGUCGAUCGCGAAUUUAAUUAAAUUCUGCUGUGAUAAGAGAAUGUUACAUUCAUCGGAAAUGCGCAGACGCAGUGGAUUUAUUCUACUAACAGCAGAAAUAAUGAAUGAAAUCACUUCGAACUCCAGUGCAGAUUUAAAAUGUAGAUGUUUUGAUUAAUAUUUGUUAACCCUAGUUCAACUGAAUGUGACGCAAUGGUGGUCAUUUCUCGGAAUGUAUGAAAAGAACGGGUAUCCGAAAUCUGAAUUUGUGUAGUUUAUGUUUACUUUUAUUACUACUAUCUAUACAGUUAGUCAACAUGUUCAUCUUAAUCGAAGGAAAACUGUAGAACAAACCUAUCCAAAUAAACUCCACAACGAUUGAAAUCA